UCCUUUAGCUAGUGAGGAGCAACCUCAGCAGUACAAUCAAAUAUAUCGCUAGGCACCAAAUUAGAUAUAAGCAAAUGGCAAAGUUGAGUAACAACUUGUUUGUCAUGACAAUUUUGUUCGCAUUUGUGGCUAUUACAGUAUCAGCUUAUGAAUCAUAUGCUGAGCAACCAGCGUACGAGCAGCCAACGUACGAGCAACCAGCAUAUGAGCAACCCGCAUAUAUAUACCCGCCGGCGACAGAACCACAGCCACCACAGACAAAUCCUACGUGCAGGAACAUAACUGAACUUUGUACCAGUUACGGAGAUUAUAGUUGUUGUGAUGGAUUUACGUGCACUGGUUGGAAAGAAAAACUUCCUGGUGGUGCUGGAGUAUGCACGCCUCUAGGUGAGGAGCCACGUCCACCAAAAGAAAAGUGUCAAAAAACUCAUCAACUCUGUCAGCCAUAUGGUCCGUACAUUUGCUGUCCUGGAGAGCUUUGCGUUCAUCCUCGAAAACUUCCUCCUGCUGCUGGUCUUGACCCUGAACAAGCUAAGCUUCCUCCUGGUGUUGGUGUAUGUGAGCCCAUUAAACUUUGAGACUACUCUUAAAUAUGGUUCAUGGGAAAACAACAUUUUUUUAAUGCCUUAAUCUUAUCAUAUUUGUAUUCGUAAUCUACUUAUGAUUUAAGUUCGUCCUUCGUUGCCUUUUAUAUAA